UCUAUCUAUAUAAACACGCACACGCACUCUCUCUUUAUGUAUGCAAUUAAAUUUGUUUGUUAAUUUAUUUAUUUGGGAAUUUGAUUUGAUUUGAUUAUUUUGAUUGUGGUAGAUAAUAGGGGAUGCUGAUUUCUUAAUCAAUUCCAAAUACGCUUUCUGACGUGUAGAUUUGAUGUUUUAUCUAUGGCGAUUCCUCCGUGGAAAUUUAACUGUUAUGGUUUUAGGCUGAGGAAAGCGUUUUUGAAAAAGAUCUCUUUGAUCGAACAAUGUUUGUGUACUUUGCUGCAAUUAGACAAACCCCUGGUCCUUUCUAGAUUUUGGCUGACAAGAUGUUUGGGUUCAGUAUCUAAUUGGACUUCGAAGCUUUGGCUAGAUUAUCUCAUUUCAAGUUAAAUUAAGCAUGAUUUGUGCCAUGAUUUGCCGGCUGGGCAUGCACUCUUUCUAGUUUUCUUUCCCCCCCCUUUAUUAUACAAGUUUAAAACUGCUGGGAGUUUUGCUUUCUUUUUCCUUUUAUGACAUCAGUUUAUAAAUUCUGUUCUUGACUCAUAGUUCAGUCAAACUCCUCCCAAAUUCUCUUGCAUCCAAUCCUCUUCUAUCUUUCAAACUAGGAUGCUCAUGUGUUUUGCUCACACAACUCCUCACAUCAAACGAUCCUACAUAACAUCUCCAUUUAUACUAGUAAAGUCUACAACAGAAUAUGAAAAUACUCAAAACCAAAAAUCCUUGUUCAACAACUCACAUAAUAUGUCGGUCAACUAGGAUAUACUUCACUACCGAGCCAUACAAUUUGUCUCCCAAGCAACACAACUUGUCCUCCAAGUCACAUGAAGUGAGCCAUACUGGAAUUCAAGACACGCUACAACAGAAUGAAACAUGUCAAAUAGGAUUUCUUUAAAAAAUAAAAGAAUUCAUAUUCCAUUUCUAUUUUCUUGUCUUAGUUAUUUUCUGAUUAUUUGGGGUCCAAGUCUCAGUCGAAAAUAAUUUAGGGUCCAUCCUGGUCGGCUUUUUAUUUGGGUCAUCUCAUUCCAUUUAGACCUUCAAAUUGCUACCCUCAAUUGUCAAGCAGAUAAUCUCUCCUUUUCAGUUUACUGCAUCCCUUCCUUCCCUGGCAUCGAGGUGUUAAUGUUACAGAGCAGUCAUUGACGACAGCACAACCUCACUGUCCUUGUUGAGAGAGGUGUGUGUAGAUUGAAAUGGAAAAUGAAGGUGUUGAACUGUACAUUUCAAUAAACCAACAAAAGGAGAUACCUACAACACUUGGGUUAUGAAGUUACUUAUGUCCGCAAUUUCACUGAUAUUGAUGACAAGAUAAUUCGUCGGGCAAAUGAGAUUGGCGAAGAUCCAUUAUCUUUAAGUAGCCGUUUUUGUGAAGAAUAUCUUGUUGACAUGACCGAUCUGCAGUGCCUCAUUCCAACCCACCAGCCACGUGUAACUGAUCACGUGGAACAGAUUAAGGACAUGAUAACUCAGAUUAUAGAAAAAGACUGUGCAUAUGCAGUGGAGGGAGAUGUCUUCUUUGCCGUUAAUAAAUCCCCAAAUUAUGGUCAGUUAUCUGGGCAGAGGUUAGAAAAUAAUAGAGCGGGGGAACGUGUUGCCGUUGACUCAAGGAAACGUAACCCUGCUGACUUUGCAUUGUGGAAGGCAGCAAAGCCAGGUGAGCCAAGUUGGGAGAGCCCAUGGGGCCCUGGAAGGCCAGGAUGGCAUAUAGAAUGCAGUGCAAUGAGUGCUCAGUAUCUGACCUUCAAAUUUGACAUCCAUGGCGGUGGGAUUGAUUUGAUUUUUCCACAUCAUGAGAAUGAGAUUGCCCAGAGCUGUGCAGCAUGUGAAGAGAGCAGCGUGAGUUACUGGAUGCAUAAUGGUCAUGUCACUAAUAACAAUGAGAAAAUGUCAAAAUCAUUGGGUAAUUUUUUCACAAUUCGCCAGAUCACUGAACGGUAUCAUCCACUGGCUUUGAGGCACUUCUUGAUAAGUGCACACUAUCGCUCUCCCCUCAAUUACUCUGUUUCGCAGCUGGAAAGCUCAUCAGAUGCUGUUUUCUACAUUUAUCAGACAUUGCAAGAUUGUGAGGAUGCUUUAUUGCCAUUUCAAGAAGGAAGUCUGAAGGAAGGCGCAGGACAGAAUGCCAACCUGGUUGCCAUUACUGCUGAUGCCCAAAAAUGCAUUUCUAGGCUACAUGAAGAUUUUGAGACUAAAAUGUCAGACGAUUUGAACACUUCGCCUUUAUUGACUGGUGCUUUCCAAGAAGCCUUGAAGGUCGUAAAUGGUUCUUUGGGCAUGCUAAAGAAGAAACAACAAAAGAAGCAACAAUUGUCAUUGAUUCGGUCCGUUACUGAAGUCAAGAAAGAAGUUACGGAAGUUCUGAGAAUUCUGGGAUUGUUUCCUCCUUGCACUUGCGCCGAGGUUUUGCAGCAGUUAAAAGGGAAGGCAUUGAAGAGAGCAGGACUAACAGAAGAUGAUGUGAUGAGCCUGAUUGAGGACAGAGCGGUGGCAAGGAAAAGUCAGGAUUUCAAGAAAAGUGAUCAGAUCAGGACUGAUUUGUCUGCAAGGGGCAUUGCACUGAUGGAUGUGGGCAAGGAAACAGUUUGGAGGCCUUGUGUUCCUGUUGAGAACGAAGAGAAGGCAAAGACAGUUGUGGAAGAGCCAACGCCGCCACCACAAGCUGCAUCAAGUUGACGGUGGACAAACCUUUUUCUGGCCCCAGCUUUUGCACGUGAUACAGUUUUUUUUUAUAAUCACUUUCUACUGUAUUAGAUCACUUCAGCUCGGAAUGGAGAAAAUAUUAAUAGGUUUUGAUUUAUGUACUGGUUUAUGUUGUAACAUUGGAGGACUUUUUACACACAUUAUGGCCCUGUGAAGUAGCUCCUUGCAUGUAGCAGGCGAGCAGAAAAUUGUUCUUCCCAGCUUGUUAGAUCAAGAUACAAUGUAGGAAGGUUGGUAAUCAUAUGUUUACAUCCUGUUAAGCA